ACAGCAGGAGUGCAUCCGGUUCUACCUGUCCGAUCUUCAUCUCGGUCACAGCCUGGGGGUCGUAUCAUUUGCCGUAAUUGAAGCUUGCUUAAGCAGAACGGGCAAAAAAGGAGGGCAAAAAGCGACUCGGACUCUUCAAGAUGCCGAUGCUCUUCUUCUCUACCGAAGAAACACUCUUUUGACGGCAUCACUCAGUUACUGAUCAUCAUUCUCUCUUCAGAAAUUCCGAUUGUCACAAUCAUUCACCAUGAGGAGACUGGUAUUUAAAGAACUUUUUUGGACUUUUCUCCUCAUUACUGUAGUUUUAAGAAGCACUGAGGGAUCUUUAAUAUCUAAAAGAGCAGCAACAAAAGCACCAUCCAGCUCUUCAAUCUCAACUACAGCCUCUACAGUAGCUUCAGUAGAAUCAUCCACUCGAAAAUCUACAGGGAGCCGAACAAGGCCUAAAGCAACGUCCAAACGAAAAACAACUACCACAACAACUGUAGCAUCCACUGUUGAAUCUACAACUCCUUCUAAAAGGCCCAAUACUUCAUCCAAUAAAAAGAAGCCAGAAAGGGAAAAACCUUCAACAACUACUCUCUCCCCCAUUGAGGUAAUGAAUAGACUAUACCAAAUGCACGGUAUGGCUUCUCAUGGAGUGUCUAUGAGUCAUUCAUAUCCUUCAUCUUCUUCCACAUCAACAAAGAAAAAAGAAGGAGCACCUUCAUCUUCAUCCAUGGAUGAAAUUUACAGACUUCACGCUAUGGCAAUGGCUCAAGCUUCUCACAGUAACAAAAAGAAGCCAGAAUCUUUACCCAGUAGCUCAAGUGAAUCUUUUAAAGAUUCUUCCCAUACAAAACAGAACUCUCAAAGCAACUCGAUGGAAAAUAUCUAUCAACAGCAUUCAUCUCUGCCAUCUUCAAUGCAUCAUAUAAUGGCACAACAUUCUCAAAGUAGCUCUAGACCUCAAAAAACAGAGAGUGUCCCCAGUUCUUCACAGGAUUCACACUCUUCUUUGUCUAGCAUAAUGCAACCUCUAUUGAAGCAACUGACACCAGUUGGAGCUGGAAUAAGUGUAGUAUUGGCUCCUUUGCUGCUUUUUAAUGGAUUUUUAACUUUCUUCAGCAACAUGAGCCGAUUUCUUAACAGCUUUGCACAAACAAUUUUACCUGUACGACGACCAGGCCCUGCUCCAAACCAACCAAAUUUUUUUCAGAACAUCGGGCCAGAUCAUUUGCAAAGACAGCCAAGAGAUUGGCUCGUAAAUGCAGACAAUCUCAAAGAUAUUCACCAGUUUGCUGAAUUAAUUUUAAAGGCUCUGCGAGAAAAUGAGGGUUAACUGAAGAAGAAAUCUUUUUCGCCAUUCAAUGUGAGCGAAUGUAUAGUGCCAUUUUAAAGUUUCUCCUUGAAAAAAAGAGGAACAGAAUUACAAAUAUACUAUUUACCUUUAAGUGUUUGGGCACCUGUGUUAGAAAAGAAAAACACAACGUAUUUAUAUUCAGUAGUUAAUGAAUAACCUUCCUUAAUAAAUAACCUUAACCUUAAUAAAUAACCUUUACGAGAGGCAAUUUUAGGGGCAAGCUUUUCACAUAUCCUUGCAUCAUAGCUAGUCUCUUCCAUUUGAUUGGAGAAGAGAUAAGUUUUUUUUUUUGCAUAUUUCGGACGCCUUAAUUCAGCGAUCCAACUCGUCCCAGAGUUUCACGAUAGGAUCUGGGUUUAGGGAAGGGCAGUUCAGUUAGUUAAUCCCAUUGUCAUCAUACGAAUCCAUUAUAGACCUUAUAUCAGCUAACGGCUAGAAAUAAUAUGGGUCCAACCUUUUAACUGUCACAACGUAGAAGCACACUGCUAUCCAAAAUGAAAGAGGUGUCAAAAUUGAGAGAUUAUCAUGAAUUUGAACCAAGGGCUCAUACUAGUAGAAACAGUUCCAGACCAAAAUUCCACCACCACCGAUAUGCAUGAGUGUCCAAAUAACUAUUGGUAGAUUGUGUAUAUGUUAUGUGAGCUUUAUUGCUCACUUUUUAAGAUUUGUAAAAAUCUAAAGUAUUAUUUAUUUUCCUUAGAAUAUUAUCAUUUGUUAAUUGUAUUAAUUUAUUAUUGAAUGUUUAUAUCA